GCCGAGUGACGCUGACUCAGCGGACGCUGGCUGAUUCGAGACCGAACGAGUCGAUACGAGUCAGCGACUCUAAAAGCCAUGAUUCAGGGUGUUAUCUGGCUCUCGUCUCCAAGUGCCACCUCCGGCUCUCGCACUGGAGAGAAGAGCAGCGCUUCUUCCUCAGCUUAUUCUUCUUCAUCUUCGUUUCUCCUGCCUUUCUCAACUCUUUAUAAUCGAUGAUGGAGCUUCUUUCCUAACAGAUCCACAAUCGAUGGCAAACGGCGCCCUCCCAAAAGCGUCCGAAAAGGAUCAUGACGAGGAAGAGGGGUUCCUUCUGCGUUCGGGCCCACGAUGGGGCCUGAAGCGUGAGUUCUCUUUCGCAUUGAAGUCUCAGUCUCAAUUCACGGCUUCUCUCAGUCGGACUCGCUCUUCAAGAAAGGCUUCUCAGAACAGCGUUCCUCCUUCCAAUGGAGUCCCUACUGCUGCUGCUGCUGCUGAUGUUGAUGGUCAUUUCAUCAGUAAUAAAAGACUCAAGACUUCAGAACGUUCCAGAAAACCUCCGAUCAAGGAGGAUGGAUUGGGGAUUGAAACCCCCAAUCCUGUCGAUGGUGGUGAUCGUGAUGCGAUUUCGACAACACAGAAUGGUCCAACAGACAAACCUCGCAGGAGGUUCACACGGUCGAUGCUGAAAGCUGAUGACUCCAAAGGCAUGGAGGCGGCGGCGGCAUCGUCACUACCUUCUUCUUGCAAGAAUAAGGUGGCAAGAAGGGGAAAAUCUGGCAAUGCUGUUAGCCUGUUGAGAACGUCUACGAAGAAGAAGCUCGAACUGAAGAUGUCGAAGAAGAUCGUGCUGGAUAACUUCCCAUCCAAUGUGAAGGAGCUGCUCGCGACUGGUUUGCUCGAAGGAUUGAAGGUCAAGUACGUUUUCCGUGGCAAUAAGAAAGGAGCACUCCGUGGAAAGAUAAAGGAUGGUGGGAUCUUGUGUUCAUGUACUUCUUGCAAGGGGCACAAAGUCAUUUCGGCUUCUCAAUUUGAGCGGCAUGCUGGUAGCAAUAAUAGAUACACUGAGCAGAUUUACUUGGAAAAUGGGAAUAACAUCCGGCAGGUAUUGAACGCAUGCAAUGGUGCUCCUUUAGAAAUGUUAGAGGCAACGAUUAUGGGUAUGUUGCCUGUCAGGAAAGCUUUCAUUUGUCGGAAAUGCAAAGAGACAUAUUAUCCAUCACGGGUUGGGAAAUCGAUGUUAGUAUGCAAUAGAUGCUGGGCGCUGAAGCAGCCUCAAGCAAGCCCAACUCGAGGAGGUGCUAGGUUACAAAAGCAAGCUUUAAAACGAAAGUCCUCUGACAGUUCCUCAAAGUGCAUACGGUUGCAAAAGAAGAAUGGUCGUCUAACAAGAAAGGAUCUACGACUGCAUAAGUUGGUCUUUAUGGAAGAUGUGCUACCAGACGGAACUGAAGUAGCUUACUAUUCACAUGGAAAGAAGUUGCUUGUGGGUUAUAAAAAAGGGAAUGGAAUAUUCUGUCAUUGCUGCAACAGUGAGGUCACUCCCUCACAGUUUGAAGCUCAUGCUGGUUGGGCGCCACGGCGUAAACCCUACCAAUACAUCUAUACCUCCAAUGGUGUCUCUCUUCAUGAAUUAUCGAUUUCCUUGUCCAAGGGUCGGAAAUUUUCUGCCAGUGAUAAUGAUGACCUUUGCAUAAUCUGUGCGGAUGGUGGGAAUCUUGUGCUUUGUGAUGGAUGCCCGAGGGCCUUCCACAAAGAUUGUGCGGAGCUGUCAUGCAUUCCUCGUGGUGAUUGGUAUUGUCGAUAUUGCCAAACGAUGUUUGAGAAAGAAAAAUUUGUAGAGCAUAAUGCCAACGCAUUUGCAGCAGGGAGGGUUUUAGGAGUUGAUCCUAUUGAACAGAUAUCUAAGCGAUGCAUUCGUAUUGUACAAACACCAGAGGUUGAUGUUACUGUCUGUGUGUUGUGCAGAUGCCAUGAUUUCAGCAAAUCAGGUUUUGGUCCACGAACAGUUCUGCUUUGUGACCAAUGUGAAAAGGAAUUUCAUGUUGGGUGUUUGAAGGAACAUAAAAUGGGAGAUCUGAAGCCACAAAAUCACUUUUCUGGUAUGCUAAUGCAACUAACACCACAGGAAUUGCCAAAAAGGAAGUGGUUCUGUUGUGCGUCUUGCAGUAAAAUUCAUGCUGCUUUGGAGAAGUUGCUUCGUCAUGGGUUCAAAAAGCUUCCAGAUUCACUUUCAGAUGUGAUAAAGAGGAAGUGUGAGGGAAAAACUGCGAGCAAUGGUGCUGGGCAUGUAAGAUGGAGGCUUCUUAGUGGAAAAUUUGAUUCUCCAGAUAGUAGGUUGUUGCUUUCUAAAGCUGUUGCCAUCUUUCACGACCGCUUUGACCCAAUAGUUGAUUCAACAACAGGCCGAGACCUGAUUCCUUCCAUGGUUUAUGGAAGGAACAUGAGGGACCGGGAAUUUGGAGGGAUGUUUUGCGCAGUAUUGACUGUAAACUCAUCUGUUGUUUCUGCUGGAAUUAUUCGAAUUUUCGGGGAGGAAGUUGCAGAACUUCCAUUAGUGGCCACAAGCAGUGAAAAACAAGGACAGGGUUACUUCCAAGCAUUGUUCUCAUGCAUUGAGGGACUGUUGGGAUCCCUGCACGUGAGAAAUCUUUUGCUCCCAGCUGCUGAUGAAGCUGAAUCCAUCUGGACAAAGAAAUUUGGCUUCAAGAAGAUAAACCAGGACCAGUUGGGCAAGUAUACGAAGGAUUCCCACAUGAUGAUCUUUCAAGGGACGUCCAUGCUACACAAGUCAAUUCCCAAGUUGUAGAAUGGCGGUAAAUCUUCCAAGGGCAGCUGAUGAAAGGAGUUUUAGCAUACCCCAGAUCAGCCAUUUCCUGGAGGAUUUGUAUGUUGGUGAUGCAUGUACAGGAAAGACUAUACACUCCCCCUUUUUGGGCCGUAAUGCUGCUUAGAAAAGAAAUAGACAACUCGCAACUGAAUAGAAAAGAAUAUGAUAUUUCAAGAUUGACAUCGGAAUUGAAAUCCAAACAAUCUGUACUUGCAUUGCCAACUAAGAGAUUGACAGAGGUUUCAAUUGAGUUCUCUUCUGAUUUGUCAGGUUUCAUCCCAUUUUUUCAUUUGUUAGCUUCUGCCAACAUUAAUACUUUGCUAAAAAUGCAUAAGUUCAGUUGAA